AUGGACGACGACCUCGACUUCUUCUACCGUCGGCCACUCAAAAAGACGCGCUCCAAACCGAAAGCCGAACUGAAGUCAGCCGAGCGCACUUCCCCGAGCGAGCGAUCGAAUGUGGCGGGCCCCUCGAGCGAGGCCAACGGUACAGACGAUGCGCCGAUCGCAAUCGACGAUGAUGACGACGAAGACGACGGAGACGACGAAGACAUUGUGGAGUCGGGCAGCGGCAGUGACUACGCCAGCGAGGACGGUGACUGCGAUGCCAAGCGACGCGUGAAGCGGCGCAAGAAGAAACACACGCGUACGCUCCCGGCGUGGGCCUCGCAGGCCGUCUACCGCCCACCCUCGCUCGAGCCUACACCGUCCUUGUCAGCGGCUCCCAACUCGACUGACAGCCCCUCUGCGCCAUCCACCUCGCGCGACGACCCUGGCCCCUCGAAGGAUACGCCACGCACAGCACGAGCACGCGGGGUGAGCCUGACGCCGCCGCCGCCUCCGUCGCCGGAAAAGCUGUCGAUGGCGCGCGAGCUGGUGUCCAAGGUCAUCGGGUCCAAGUUCAGCACCGCACGUGCUGAGCCUGCGAGGGGCGGGCGGCAGACACGCAAUUCAGCAACACCGGGCGCGGCGGAGGCUGGUGCGGCGAUGGUCGAGGAUGCGGAGGAGCCGAUUCGGUGGGAACCGGAUCUGGCGCGGCUCAUGCGUGGCGAGGACAAACGACAUCUGCGCGAGCAGGCGAAACGCGAGCAGCAGGAGCGCGAAGAACGACGGCGGCAACGCCAACCACCAGCUGCCGCGCCACCGCGCGCCAAUGGUCGAACUCGAGCGAGUCAAGCGGUGGUGCUCGACGGCAACGACACGGAUGCGAGCUUCGAGGAAUUACCACGACUCUCGACGAGGAGUCCGACCAAGCGCAGCGUACGCGCCAAGCCUGCAUCUGAACCCGUGGUGGUGGAGGAUUCCUCCUCCGACGAAGCCCCCGCCUCCGCGCCCGCCGCCACGAACGGCGGUGGUGAGGAGCAAGAGACGCUGAGCUUGACACUGCAAAGCAAGCUGGGUUCGCUCGGGGUGACAGUCACGCCGACGACGCGGCUGGCGACGAUUCUGGCGCACUUUUUGACGCACCAUCCGCAGCUCACGGUGCGCGUGGACCAGAUGCGCGCCACGUUUGACGGGUACGCCUACACUGCCGCACAGACGAUUGCGGACAUGGACGUCGAAGACGCCGAUCAGGUGGAGAUCACAUGGUCGUGA